AACAAACAGUAAACCCAAUACAUAAUAUAUCAAAAAGACAAAAUCCAGUCGAACAAAUAAUAACUCCUUCAAUCAAAACUCUCCAAACUCUUCAUCACCAAAGAAACCCCGAGUCCAAACAUCAUACAAAACAAGCGCCCAUGCAUGCAUCACAUUCAACAUGAAACUCCACAACCACUCCAAACGCUUCUCCCACGUUUUAAGUUUGAUUUCAAUCCAGAAUCUCUCUCUCGGUACUAGACAUCAAACAUCAAAUCUAGAUUUUAAUCACUACAGAUUCUCCGAUUGGCCAACCGUAGUAUAUUUUUUAGAAAGGAAAGAGACUAAGUCGUCUGAAAUAUAAACGCAUGAAUGAAGCCCUACGGAAUAAUGGAAAAACCCCUCGGUUUUCUCCUCAAAGGGAAGUAUAGUGGAUGGGACGUAUGAGAUUGUUUGCAAUGCAAAAUCAAAUGGGAAUUUUUAUGCGGCAAGGCGUAGCUAGUUGCUCGUAUGCACCUGUAAGGUUAAGGUUAAUGAAUGUUCGUCUCGAGUGUGAGGGGACUUGAGUUAUUCUAACGGGAUGGAUGGAUGGACCUUGUAUGUAUGCAUUGUCUGUUCAUUUCUCUUGUAUCUUCAACUCUUUUCAUACUAUUAAUCAUAAUCAUGCCUUUGAUUUGAAUCAUUGAUCUCGACUUUUCUUUUUCUUUUCUUCUCUGACUUGGUUUAUCUUUUUAAGUUACCUUACCGCUAGACGGUGGGAUUUUUGGAUUUGUUCCUGAAGUAUUUGUUGUGUUGGUUUAUUUUCAAAGUCAUUCUUUUACUUUUUUGGUGGUGGAUUUGAGAGAUUUUGGGUUAUUCAUUUAUUUGGAGAUUGGGAUUUGAGAUUUGAGAUUCGAGAUUGAGAUUAUAUUUGAGAAGAAAUUAAAGAGAACGGUGGAAGAGAACAAGAGAAAGUUAUUUGGGUUGGUUUAACUUAUCACGAUUUGACCCAAACAAACGAAUUGGAAUAGGGGGAAGGAAAGGGAAAUACAUCAAGAGAUCUGGUUAAAAAAUACCAACCACAAAUCAACAUCGAAACGAUUGAACGAAUUGAAAACUACCCAAUAGUGCGCACGUCAUGGCAUUCAUAACUGAACCACAAUCGGUGCUUCAAAAACCCGCAUAUUCAAGAAGAGGAACUGAUGAAAGUGUGAUUGAUGAUGGGAUGAAGGGAAAAUUAAGAAGAGAUACUGUUAGUGGAAAAUUAAAGUUUUGGUCUGGAAGUGGAAAGAAAAUGGACGACUGGGCAUUAAAAACGGAUGUAGAAUAUGAGAAAGAUGUCGAUUCGACAAAGGAUAUGGAGGAAUGGGAAGAUCUCAAGUUGAGUCAUGAUUCAAGUGCUGAUCCUCUGGUAUGUACUUAUUUCUUUCCUUUCUUCUUGAUUCCUAUUUGGAGUAUAUAAAACAGUAAAGGAUCCAUACUGACAUAAAUAGAAUUGGUCACCCCAACGUAAAACCCUCUCAUUCUUCACACUAUGCCUCGCUUUUUCAAUAGUAGGCAUGCAGCGUCUAAUGUUCGCAUCGGUAAAUGCGGGCAUCACAGCACAAUUUUCCAUCUCUUCUACUCAAACGGCUGCAUUAACAGGCAUCGCAUUCAUCUUGUCAGCAACCAGCAGUCCAUGUUGGGAAAUGUUAAGUAUGAAGCUGGGAAAGAGGCUGAUUUUUAUUUUUGCUGCGGCUUUGAUGUUGGUGGGUAGUUUGUGGAAUAUGUAUGUUAUGAGUUAUGGACAACUCUUGGUAGGGAGAAUGAUGCAGGGAGUGGGAUGGGGAGCUUUUGAGGGAUUGAUUGGAGGGGCGGUGGGAGAAAUGUAUUUUGUGAGUAUUCUUCUCUUUCUGAUGUCGAGGCAGGAAAGUUAUUCAAGACUAGAGAAAAAUUACUGACAAAAAUAGGAAUCACAACUCCCUAUCCGUCUAACCAUCCUCUCAACAAUCGAUGUUUUCUUUACCUGGGGAACCCCUAUUAUCGGUGGAUACCUAAGCCAAACAAUCUAUGGCUACGGAAAUCAAAUCAUGAUCAUGACCAUCAUCCAAACAAUUUCAGUCCUCCUUUUCAUUCUCGCUUUCCCAGAAACAUCCUUCAAUCGGACAUCUCAUCCUACACCUCCACUAUCUCCACCCACAAGAACACUUAAGACCUGGUUAAAAACCUUACAUCCGAUACCAUAUCAUGGAAAUCCAUCUAAAGAAGAAUUAUCCCGACCAAUAAAAGGACUUAUCUCUCCAAUCACCCUCCUCACAUUCAUCUUAUCUUCAUUACCUAUCGCAUCAUCCUACGCCUUCUCAUUAAAUCUCUCAUCUUUCCUCUCCGGAUCCCCUCUAUUCAUCUUCCCAAGCCAAAUAGGAUAUAUAUUCAUCGGACCCUUUCUCCUCUCUACCUUUUCCUAUAGUAUCCUAUCCAUCAUCUCACCCAACAAACCCAACAUCAUCCCUUCUCCCGAAAACCCAAAAACACUCCAAGGAAAAGGAAAAGGAAAAGGAUCCCCAACCAAUGCCCUCCGUAUCGCUAUCCCAGGUCUCAUCCUCUUCGUUACAGGUAUAAUCGCUUUCACACAAUAUGUAUCCACAACCCUCAUUCCCAAAGCCAUGGAACUCAGUCCUACGGUUUUUGUCACCUCAAACUCAGAUACAAAUGUUAGUUUACGAGUUAUUAGCCUCGUAUUCGGUAUACUAGUCUCUGGGGCUACGAUUUUAAGAUUCGCUAUUGAGAGAUAUUUAUCUUUAUCUUCAUCUUCAUCUUCAUCUUCAUUAACGUCUUCAUCCGCAUUCGCAUCAACAAAUCUCCACAAACCCACAAAAAUAGAAAGAAAACCCCUCGGAGAACACACAGCAUACAACACACUACAGAAUUUCCUCACAGGCUUAUUAAUCAUAGCAAUACCGAAGUGUGUAGAAGGCGGCAUGGGAAAUGACAUGGGUGGUGUGAUGGGGUUGAAGGAUACGGGGCUUGGAGUGGGCGUUUUUGGGUUUGUGGGUGGUGUGGGGGUUGUAGCCGGUUUGUGGAUUAUUGGGGGGAGAGGGAGGAGGAUAGGUGGUGAGAUGAUGGGGAGGAGGACGGGUGGGGAUGAGUGGAUGGGGUAUGGGUAUAGAGGUGGGAAUGGGAAUACAGGGCGAGGAUUAGAAGUUUGAUUAGAUGUAUAUUUUAGAAAUUAACCAGAUGAUGAAUUAAAUUAAAUAAAAUUAAAUAAAACAUUUUAAAUACUUAAAAGAAGUUAUAAAACUUAUUAAUAAAACAAAUAAUUA